AUGAUCACGGCAGAAACUCAAUACCACAAGGAUCACCGGCCAGAAAGUCAGUCACGUCAUGGAUCAACCCUUCGCUCUUCUCCGACUACAGCUCUUCAAUUGAUCCAUCUGUGCACAGUGCCAAACGCUCCUUACGCGUUCGAUCCCUGA